AUGCCGUCUUCUUCUGAGUUCUUUACAUUUUCAUUUUUAAAUUCUUCACGUUUUGAGGUAAAAUUAAUUUUGUUAUCUAAACUCAAUUCUUUAUUUGCUUUAAGUUCUUCCUCAAUUCUAAUAGGCAUCUUUCCUUUAAUAUCUUUAAUUUCUACAAUUUCUUCCUUUUUAAAAUUAUUUAAAGAAGACUCUUCCUUUUCUUCUUCUUCUUCUUUUGGCUUCUUUUGUAUUUCCUUCUCCUCCUCUUCUUUUUCUUCUGCCUCGAUUUCUUUUGCCUUCUUUUCUCCCAUAUUUCCCUUCAUUACUUUCCUCUCUUCCUCGUUAACAACCUCUUCCAAAUUUCUCUCUUCCUUCUCUUCUUCCUCCCUUUCUGCCUCAAAUUUUUCGAAAAUUUUUGACGAACCUUCAUUUUUCUUAUCCAAACUUAAUUUAUUUUUCCUUUUAUUUUUCUUUUUUGAUUUAUUUUUCUUUGUUUUUCUUUUAGAAUUUAAUUCUUUUUUCAAUUUAUUUUCAUUUUCAUUUAAACUAUCUUUAUCAGAAGAUGUUGAAAUAGUACAUUCUUUUUCCUCUUUAUUUUUAAAAUUUAAAAUUCUAUAA